AUGAGCGUUCGAGUUGUCGCCCGCGUUCGACCGCUCCUCAAGGCUGAACGAGACCUCGAUGUCAUUCUUCGCACCGGAGCAUCAGCUGCUCCAGCUGCAGCUGACGCCAAAUCGCAAGAGUCUGGAGAUAGAAAAUUGGCGGCUUUGAGAGACAGGGAUAAUGUAGUUCGGAUUCCAAACCCGAAGAACGAGGGCGAGGAAUACUCCUUCCAGUUCAAUGCUGUGUAUGACGCCGAGGUGGCUCAGCAGGAACUGUUCGAUGCCGAGGUUGCACCAACCAUCAAACACCUCUUCGACGGAUUCGAUGUCACACUUUUCGCGUAUGGUGUUACUGGGACUGGAAAAACACAUACGAUGCGCGGUGGUAAAAGCCUCGCGGACAGAGGUGUCAUCCCUCGAUUACUAAGUGGAAUCUACCGCCGGAGUCGAAAAAUGGAGAAGGACAGCAAUGGGGAGACAACCGUUCAAGUAGCGCUCAGCUAUUAUGAAAUCUACAACGACAAGGUUCAUGACCUCUUCGAACCACCCGAGAAACGGACCCUAGCUGGACUUCCUCUUCGCGAUAACGGGGGCAAAACUGUGGUUGUCGGACUCACCGAGAAAGCAUGCACUAGUUUGAAGGAAUUUGAAGGGCUUUAUGACCAGGCAAACAACAACCGCUCAACUUCAGCAACCAAGUUAAACGCGCAUUCAUCUCGCUCCCACGCAGUCCUCGGAGUGAAGAUCACCAUUCGCUCGCCCGAUCAGACUCGAGUCAGCACCGCCUCUGCGAUCGAUCUUGCUGGCUCGGAGGACAACCGCCGAACAGAGAAUGAUAAAGAGCGCAUGGUAGAGUCGGCCAGUAUCAACAAGAGCCUCUUCGUGCUCGCUCAAUGUGUGGAAGCAAUUACCAAGAAGCAGCACCGCAUUCCGUACCGCGAGUCUAAAAUGACGCGAAUCCUGUCCUUGGGCCAAAACAACGGACUAACAGUGAUGAUUCUCAACGUUGCACCUGUUCGAUCAUAUCACUUGGAUACACUAAGCUCAUUGAAUGUAGCCAAUCGUACGAGAAAGAUUGAAGUGCGAGAGAUUGAGAAUGAUCCAAUUUUCAAGGGCCCUGCCAGACCUGCCCCACGUCCCUCAAUGGCCGCUUCUCGACAACCCUUGCGGCCCCUUACUGCUUCUGUCAACGUAAAUAUGCCUGCGGCUACACCCAAGGACUCGGAAAACAAGGAUGAUGCCAAGCCAAUGAAGGCUUUCAGCGUCUUUUCUGACCGGCCACAAGCUAAGCCUGUGACCCAGAUCCGCAAACCUGACGCUCUCAAAAGGCCUUCCCUUGCCUCCGAGGCGCCCAGCACACGUUCUUUGAAACCCCGCCAAACACUUGGCCCAAGCAAUAUCCCAUCAAGUCAUGCAGAUAUCUCUGCUGCUAGGAUCGAAGCCAUGGUUGAGAAGAAAGUGGAAGAGAUACUGGCCGUCCGGGCUGUAAGCGAACAGUCAAGAAAUACUCAAGUUCGCGAACUAAAUGACCAGCUUCAACGUCGUCUCGAGCUCCUUGAGCAACGCAUCGAAGGAUCCGAAGAUGCUCGAGCAGAAGGCCUUUCGUAUCUCCUUAUGGCCAAGCAACACCAAGCUCGGGGUGAGAAUAGCUCCGCGUUGCGAAUGUAUCAGCUUGCACUUCCUCAUUUCCCUAACAAUGAAAAACUUGCGAGAAAGAUUUCCAUUUUGAAAGAGCGUCUCCAAGAGAAGUCUUCUUACCCUCGGCAAUCACUUGCAACUGCCUCUCCUAACAAGGGAAAGUUUGGAAGCAUGCUGUCUCUCAAGAAAGAGCCAACACUCACUCUUCUUGGAAAGCGUCAAGCCGAUGAAGUUAAUGAUUAUCACAUGAAUAAUGCUGGCGAUGAUGGAUUCUCAAGUGACGAUGAUAUCCUGCCUCGACAGAACAAAAAGCGUGCCACAUCUAAGAGCCUUCAUCAAAGCGCCGAAAAUGUGGAUUACCUAGACGAAUAUGAGAAUGGUUCACUUUCUCCUCGAUCCAUCCAUCUCUUGUCUAUUGUCAACUCAAGGGAUGUUAGCCAGAUCAAACUGUUGAAGGGCGUUGGAGCCAAGAAAGCCGAAGCGAUUGUCGACUGUCUCUGUGAGAUGGACCAGACAUCAAGCGAGGAUGUUGUUUCGGAUCAGCCUUUGUUUCAGGUGGGUAGUUUGGCCCAGCUGAGUACUCUGAAGGGCGUGGGCGUGCGGACUGUUGAAAACAUGCGAAACGGAGUAUUGGUCUAA